AUGACACCAUUCCAAGCUUUAUAUGGGUAUACACCUCCUCAUCUGGUCUUCCCUAUUAAUGCCACUACUUCAGUAGCAACUGUACAAGAUUAUAUUAAGAGAAGAGACCAUAUGCUUCACUUACUGAAAGAGAAUUUGGCAAAGGCCCAAACAAGAAUGAAGUUUUUUGCAUAUCAGUCUAGAACUGAUAGAACAUUUUUGGGGGGUGAUUGGGUAUUUUUGAAGCUACAACCCUAUAGACAAUCCUCAGUUGCCUUGCACAAGAACUUUAAACUUUCUGCUAAAUACUAUGGCCCAUUUGAAGUUAUCCAGAAAGUAGGAGUUGUAGCUUAUAAACUGAAGUUUCCAGUGGGUUCAAGAAUUCACCCUAUGUUCCAUGUUUCACAACUCAAGAAGAAUAUUGGUCUCCAUACUACUCCUUAUCCUAACUUACCACUGGUGGAUACUAAUGGUACAUUUGUGAUGGUACCUGUGGCAAUUUUGGAUACUAGAGUAAUAUUGCGUGCAAGUAAUUCCAUCUCUCAUCUCUUGGUACAAUGGUCCAACUCUCCACCUUAA